AUGCAAUCGGAAUGCCCCCAUCCGAUCCACUUUGCCACCCCACCCACCAUCCUUCUCCUGAAUGCCGACUCUUCGACAACACCCCCAAAUGUGACGACAACACCGUCCAGAGGAGCCGAGCGUAGGGUAUUCCCGCCGACCAUCCGUCUACCGGCCACCGGCGGAAUUUUGAACGCGCAGCGGGCGCUGCUGUGGAAGGAAGCCGGCCUGAAUCGGCUGAACCGUUGCGUGGUGAGGGCGGCGUUCAGCGACAACGUCGAGCACGCGUGGCGCCAAAUAUCGGAGGGGCUGUUCCAGGUGGAGCCGGGCCACGAAUCGACGCAUGUUAAGUGGCUUGGAAGCGGGGAUGAUGCGCUUCUGCUUGAAGGGUCAGCCAUUCAGCUUCAAUUGGAUUGCCCGGGCGAGGCAUUCGAGCAGACGUGCGUCGCGUUUCGAUUGGCCGGCAAGAGUGUGCAUGAGCAACUUUUAGAAAUGCCGUCAGCCCGUGCGGUGGUAGCCGGCUCAGGUUCUCGCUCCCAUCUAACCAUCAUCAUCGUCCUCUGCGUACUCAUCGUUCUCAUCCUAAUCGGCUCGGUGGUGGUGUGGAACGUGUGCUGGCGGUUGAAAAAGGACAAGCUCGUCCAGGAGAUCCAGAUGCAAUUCGUCGCCCAUUUCCGAAAGCAGCAAGAGGAGGCCAUCAAGGCAGCGAUGGCUCAGCAGCACAACCAGAUGCCCUAUGGGGCAACAGGCGGCCCGACGAUGAGCCAGUCAGAAUUCUGCCCCUCCUCCCCGGGCCAAAUCAUGCAAGCGGUACCGGCGCAGAAGCGGAAGCUGUACUUCUCUAAUGAAUUCUUCGACCCGACCCUGCUCGCGAACCCGCCGCCGAUGGCCGAGCAGUUCAUCACCGAUCUCCGGAAGAUGGUCGACGUGGCCAAGGAGCGCAUUCGGAUCAAGAGACAUGUUCCUCAUUUAACCCCUAUUAGGGAGGAGCCGGAUGUGGAGGGCAAGGAGGAGACGGAAGAUGAAGAGGAGCCGGUAGUCCAAGAAUUGAGCACGAUUCCCCAGCCACUACAAGCCGUAGAAGAUGCCCUCCAACAGGAUUCGCCGAGAUCCGGGAAAUCCGUUGAUUCGGGGCUGGACAGUCCGGAAGAAUCGGGAGGGGUGCUGUCGGAGAACAGCAGUGAUGAGGAAAGAGCAUCACCCGCUGAGGUGCCGACGAAUAAUGGGAGGGUGCAGCGGAUAGUUAGUGACAUUGAAGGCUCAAACGGGACAGCUUCAUCAUCCCCCAAGCCAGCUUCGCGAAUCCCAACCCUUUCACCCAAAACCCAGAGGGCAGCCCUAUCACUCACCGACCGACCUCCACCGAGCCCCAGUGGCAAUGUCAGGAAAGCGAAGAAGCAGGGCUACGCGGUGUUCCCCUCGGAUCCGAUGCUCAAGAAGUCGUUACCAAGGCGGCCGAAGCGCGAAAUCCCGCGAUUGCAUCGGCCGAGCGAGGCC